AUGAGUUGGAUAGCUAGAAAGUCUAAUAUCCAAGGUGAUAUUUGGCCCGGACUGCCCAAAAGAUUCCAAACAUUUCUGUUUUUUAAGAUCAAGAAACCAGACGAGUUCAAGCAGCGGCUGCGAUCUUUUGCGAAGAAUAUCACGACUGCAAAUGAUGUAUGUGUUAUGAAGGACCAGAUCAGCGCGGCGAAACUUGAAGCUCAAAAGUUGCGUCAAUCGGCCAAGACUCUAGCCUUGCCAGGUGUCAAUAUUGCAUUUGCCUCGACUGGUCUAGCAGCUCUGGGUAAAUUCUCCUUUAAAGAUGCUGAGGUGAAGCGAAAUCAAGAGUUUUACACAAAAUUCAAGAAUAAUCAACUUCGUGGUGGUUUGUUCAGGAAGGGCAUGUAUGACGACCUCGUAAAUGAGGGCUGGGACAACCCCGAGGAGAUUCGAGAUGAAUAUUCCCCAUCAAAGCAUUGGAUCGAUGGAGUAUUUUUGGUCACAGCCAGCCUCCAGGGCGCUUUGGAGAACCAGGUAAAUCGUGUUAAAGAACAUUUUCUCAAGGUGGAUGGCCGUGGUGAUGCCAAUAACUAUGAAAUCAGUAAUGACCCAGCGAUUGAGUUCAUAUUUGAUAAACAAGGCAAAACUCGUCCGGAAAAGGGCAAAGAGCACUUUGGGUUUGAGGAUGGAAUCAGUCAACCGCUUAUCGAAGGCCUGGAUGAAGUGACACCCAAAGACAAGGAGCCCAAGUCUGUGAAGUCAGGAUUAAUCUUCGCGAAGCACCCUGGUGAUAAAAUGAAGCAGCCAGAUUGGGCGGAAGACGGGAGUUUCCUCGUUUUCCGAGAUCUGCAACAACUUGUUCCGGAGUUCGACAAAUGGUUAGAAGAUAACAAAGAGCAUGCGCCAAAUGCUAAGAUGUCUGAGGACCCGAAAGAGAAGCUUGCUGCAUACCUGAUGGGCCGAUGGAAGAAUGGUACCCCCGUCGAUGAAAACCCCCAUGACGAUAAAGAUAAGAACCUUUUCCGUUCCAACAACUUUGACUUCCAUCCCAUCGAAAACCACGAUAAGUGUCCCUUUGCAGCCCAUAUCCGAAAGAUGCGACCUCGUGGAGACUUAGACCAUGAUCAUACUGUCAUCAUCCGUCGCAGCAUUUCUUAUGGAGAUGAAGUAACACCAAAAGAAGAGCUCGAACAAAAAUCGGAUGAUAAGAAACAACGUGGUCUUCUGUUUGUCUGCUAUCAGAGCGAUAUCCGCGAGGGAUUCAACUUCUUAACUACUCGCUGGGCAAGCAGUCACCACUUUCCGGAUGGCAAGGGUAAAUUUGUCGGUGAACAUGGCCCUGGCAUUGAUGCGAUUGUGGGUCAACGACAGGCUUGCCAUCCACCUCGUUCUAUCGGGUUACCAGAUGGUAAGGUUCCUACGGAGGCUCGCCUUCAGCUCGAACAAUGGGUAAUUCACAGAGGUGGUGAAUACUUCUUCUCGCCGAGUAUCAAGGCCCUCGAAGGAUAUUUGACCGAUGGUCCUGAUUAUCCGCCUGAGAUUACAGCUCCACGACCAUUAAUAUAA